AUGGUGCAACUGAGUGGUGAAGAGAAGGCAGCUGUCUUGGCCCUGUGGGACAAGGUGAAUGAGGAAGAAGUUGGUGGUGAAGCCCUGGGCAGGCUGCUGGUUGUCUACCCAUGGACUCAGAGGUUCUUUGACUCCUUUGGGGAUCUGUCCAAUCCUGGUGCUGUGAUGGGCAACCCCAAGGUGAAGGCCCACGGCAAGAAAGUGCUACACUCCUUUGGUGAGGGCGUGCAUCAUCUUGACAACCUCAAGGGCACCUUUGCUGCGCUGAGUGAGCUGCACUGUGACAAGCUGCACGUGGAUCCUGAGAACUUCAGGCUCCUGGGCAACGUGCUGGUUGUUGUGCUGGCUCGCCACUUUGGCAAGGAUUUCACCCCAGAGUUGCAGGCUUCCUAUCAAAAGGUGGUGGCUGGUGUGGCCAAUGCACUGGCCCACAAAUACCACUGA